UUUCCCCUUAGAUAGGAAGAAGUGACUGGAGUAUGUGUAAGUUGUGUGGGUCUGUUUUCCAGAUAUAGAAGGGGCUGUGCCUGUUCUUGUGAUUUAUAGCAUGGUUUUGCUGAUAAGUUUUGGGCGAAAGUAGAAGGUUCAUACUCAGUGUACAGGUGUAUUCUAGGCACAUAUUUUUGUAAAAGGGGUUUAGAUUCACUAAAGCUGGAUGGAACGAACUUGGGACAGUUCUUGGUGCAUAUCUCCUCCCACGGCCAGGGCUCCAGGUGAGGGCAGAGAAGGCUGGCAUGCGGGGUGCUAUGGAAGCCUGAGGUACAGUCUUUGGAAGUGGAUCCCAGAGCCUGGUUCAGUGUGGUGGGGAGGGGUCACGGAAUCGUUUCAUAUAGGUGGGUUUUUUUUCUCCCUGAGUGUUGGUGACUUGUGUGUGCAUCACCUCCGGCUUACUCACGAUAAGUGCAAGUACAAGCAUGUCAUGUUACGGAGUGUGCACGGUCGAUGGCAGUAGCACUGUGAGCUCUGUGUGCAGAGAGGGUGGGUCAGUGGGUGUCGCUGGUGGCAUUAGCCAUCUCAGCACUGGCCAAGGCAUCAGAAGAAGAAUCCCCAAGGCCAGCGUUUGAGUUGGGCCUCAGUAAUGCUGGGAGCUGCUCCCUGUCUCCUGGGAGAGAUCUCCAUGGAGACCGCCCCACCCACAGAAGUGGAAUUGUGAGGAGGCAGCAUUGUCCUCUGGGAGAGAUCUCCAUGGAGACCGCCCCACCCACAGAGGUGGUAUCCGCAGGAGGCUGCAGUACUGGAGCCACCUCUUGGCUUUCGGUUGCUGGCACCAUUGCCCACUUCCCUAGCGGGCACUGUUGCUCCACUCCUCUUCCUAACCUCGUGGUCCCUGUUGUACCUGUGCCCCCCAGCUUGGGUGGUGUUGAAGGACAUCGGGCUGGGCCAGGGCCGGGGUGGGGCUCUGCGGCCUUUGCCUCUGCCUCUCCCACCCUUCUUACCCAUCCCGGAGCUGGAAGCGGGGAGCCUCUGCCAUGGCCUCUGGAUCCCCACGCACAGGGGGCAGCAGAAAGAUCCGGACACGGCGUUGCCACCCCGGUCCCGUGACGCCUUACUCGCAGGGGCGACGGCACCAGCUGGGCAUUCUUAGCAGGGUUACAGAAUAUGUUCAGAAUAACGUGCCAGCAUGGCUACAGAGAUAUUUCGACAAGAAUGAAGAUGUAUGCAGCCACACAACAGACGCAGAGGAGACUCCAUGUUCGCAAGAAAAUAGGGAAGAUGACGAGAUAGUGUGUGCCGGUGAGGAGAGCUCUAAUAUUAAUGAUGGGAGGACCACUAGUGAGCCAACAGUCGGUAAUACAGAAGACGCCUCAACAAUCAGCCCUGCUUCAAAUUAUGCAGGUGAAUUAAACAGGCCAUCUCUUCGUCGGAGCUGCUCGAAUUUCUCCAUGUUGGAAUCCCAUGUUUCAAAUUGUGAGCCGUCCACAUCAUCAGCAUUCCCAACUGGCAGUCCUGGCUUUUCCCUUGUGAAGGAAAUUAUAGACUCUACCUCUCAGCAUGGUGCUGGUAACAAGUCCACUAGCCAUCAUUUUGAUUUUUCAUCAAGAGUUUCUGAUAAAGCUAUGGCUGCUCCAAAGAAGACUUCAGUGCCACCUCUGUGGUCCCCAGAGGCUGAACGGUCUCAUUCCCUCUCACAGCACACUGCCACCAGGCCAAAAAAACCAGCGUUCAGCUUGUCUGCAUUUGGGACACUUUCCCCUUCAUUUGAGAAAUCUUUGAUCUUUCAAACAAGUCAGCAUGGAGAUCCUCCUUGUUAUCCUAGAAAAACAACGUAUGGUGGGGCAGCAGCUGCUGUAAGACAUUCUAAACUAGCAACGACCCCUUGUCAGGCACCAGUAAGAAGACAGAUGAAAGCUAAGCAACUCAAUGCACAGUCCUGUGGUGUGACUAGUUUAGCAGCUCGGCGAAUAUUACAAUCUUUAGAGAAGCUAUCAGGACCUCUAGCAGAUGUUCUGUCUUUUCCUGUGUGUUCUCCUCUUGAUAGGAGUCGGAUAGAUAACACAGAUUUGGGGGCCAAAAGAGAUAAGGUGGAUUCUCAGUAUCCUGUUCAAAAACUCAUGUCUCCAAAGCUAGUUUCCAGAGCAACAACUCAAAGUGUUUAUUUUAAACCGUCUCUGACCCCAUCUCAUGAAUUGAGGAAGGCUGAUCAAAGAAUAGUUAAACAGCACAGUACUCAUUAUGAAAACAGUGUGACACCAGGACAAAACAGAGAACAAGAAAGUGGCUUUCCGCAUCAAAAUUUGCGUUUUCCUGCCCCCGAUGGAUUAUCUUCUGGAGCAGGUAGUAGAGGUGGCAAAGUCAGACGGGAGAGAACACACUUCCUGACAUCUGAACCACCAGUGGAGGAGGAAAGGCAAGCACUACUAUUAUCAAAAAUCUCUCUACCGAUCACCAAUUCUUCACUCCCUUCCUUCAGCUUUCAUUGUCCUUUGAUGACAACUUCCUCUCCAGCUCCCAUGAGUCCUUCACAAUCAGUAUCAGAUAAGGUACAAAUGAUUUCUCUGAGCAGCACUGGCAGACCCGUGUCUAGAUUUUCUUCUUCCACUGUAAAAUCUGCUGAGGCAGGUGCACUGCCGUCAUCAUCUGCUGAAUUUACAUUUAGCAUGCCUGUUGCAAAAGCAGAACUUGCAGACACCAGUAGUACUUCAGAACCUAUGAUAAGUGCUUCAGCUCAAGAUACCACUGCAGUGACUAGUAGAAGCCAUAAGAGGAAGCUAGAUGAAGAUGAUGAGGGCCCUUCUAGACCUGCAAAAACCUGGAAAGGAGGAAGAGUCCUUGAUGUUCUGAAAAACCCUGGUUUCCUGUCACCAAAGGUAGAUGCUUUUGCUGCUCAGCCUACCACGACCAGCCCGGCAGUUUAUACAGGACCAGCCGUAUGUAGGUUUUCCUCUAGUGGAACUGGACUUAGGGGAAGUUUAAAAGCUGGAUCAUCGUGGCACUGUGACACAUGUCUGCUCCCAAACAAAGUAACUGAUGACAAGUGCGUGGCCUGUCAAGCCGCCAAGUUGCCACCGAGAGGUUCUGUUGAACAAACAGCAGUUGGGACAGCAAGAAAAAGUGGGAAACCAACCAUUUCUGCGUCAGGGGCAGGCUUUGGGGACAAACUUAAACCAGAAUUCAGAACUUGGGAGUGUGACGCAUGUUUAGUGCAAAAUAAAGCCGAAGCAAGAAAAUGUAUAGCUUGUGAAACAGCCAAACCUGGAAAUGGUGUCAACCGGUUCCUUCCACUGCCAGUGGUUUCAGAAAGUGACACAACUAUGACGGCUUCAUCUUCUAGCUGCACUGUGACCACUGGUACCUUAGGAUGUGCAGAUGAGCUGAAAACACCGAGAGGAUCUUGGGAGUGUCCAAUAUGCAGUGUUUCUAAUAAUGCAGAAGACAAUAAAUGCAUGUCCUGUAUGUCCAAGAAAACAGAGAGCUCAGUACCUGCUUCAAGUAGCAGCACUGCAUCUGUCACUCUUUCUUCUGCAGAUACUCUAGGAUUGGAGAAGUUGAAUCCCGAGGGAAGCUGGGACUGUGAAGUAUGCCUAGUACAGAAUAGAGCAGAUUCUGCCAAAUGUGCAGCAUGCGAAAGUGCCAAGCCAGGCACAACAGACACAAAAUUUGAGUUUAAAGGCAUUGUCAGCUGUUCCUCACGUUCAAACCCAGCAGCCUCAUGUUUCAAAUUGGGAAACCCAUCACCCGCUUCUGGGCCUUCUCCAACUUCAACAAGUACUGGAGACUUCCAGUUUCGAGAUCAGGGAGGCUUCAAAACCAGCAUGUCUUCAGAGUCUGGAUCCACAGACGCCAUGAACAGAAGUUUUCAACUUGAGAAAUCCACCGCGAUACCUCGUAAAGUUGCCUCUGAAGUUAUUAGCUUUGGCAUAAGUGUUAUUAAUCAUGAUCCAGCUGCUGCUACUACUGCAGCGACCUCUCAGAGCGGCGUCAGUUGUAGAACAGUAGAAACCAAAAUUGUUUCAAUGGCUCCAGUCACAUGUCAGACAUCAGAUGUAGAGAGGGAGGAAUUGCCUCCAGCCGGAGGAGGGUCCGCUUCUGGCAAUAUGGGAUCUGCCUCUGUGCCACCUGCCUCAGCGUUCACUUUGGGAGGGACAGGGGAGAAACAGCAACAGCACGUCACUUCUGCUGCUCCUGCGUAUGGGACAAAAACUGAUAACGAAGACAGAAAGUGGAAGGCACGCUUUCCCUUCGGCUGUUCAAAGCGAAGGAGAGAGGAGAGUUCAAAGCGAAGGAGAGAGGAGAGUUGUUCAAAGCGAAGGAAAGCGGAGAGUUGUUCACAGUUGGCAUUUGGUUUCAAUAUGAGGAAACCAUCUGAGAAGGCAUCUGAGCAGCCAGGAAAGGCCACUUUUGCUUCUGGAGCUCAAACCAAUACUGCAGCUGAUCAAGGAACAGCAAAGGCAGUUUUCAGUUUCCUGAACAACAGUUCCUGUGGUUCACGGACAUCAGCCAGUUUAGCAGGUGGUGGCAUAUUUGCUAAUUCCACCCCUUCCUCCAACCUGCCUGUGGCCGCUGGUGCACUUGGACAGGCCAGCAGUCCCGUCAUCAGUCCUGCCCUUGGUAACUUUGCUGGACCCAGCUCAUCUCAGUCUUUGCAAUUUUCUCAGCACAAUAGCACUGGUACAGCUGUUGCCCCAAUUGUCUCAGGUCCAGGAGCCGUGAGUAAUAAUACUUCAACGUCCGGUUUCAGUUCUCAAGCUACAACCUCAUCUAGCUCUGGAGGAUCCUUUGUAUUUGGCACUGGACCUUCAACACCAUCUGCCAGUCCAGCGUUUGGUGCUAACCAGACCCCAACAUUUGGACAAAGCCAUGGUGCCAGCCAGCCUUACGCCACAGCAUUAUUCGCUACUGGUUCCCAGCCUGCACCACCGCCUAUUUUUGGUGCGGCAUCAAGUGGUAACCAGCCUGCUGUGUUUGGACAGCAGCCUAGUCAGAGGGCAUUGGGCUCUGGAGCAACUCCUAAUUCCAGCCAAAUGGAUGAACUAUGUUCUUUUUUUCAGCGAGUUCAUUUUGUGGACUCACAAAAAAAGACUGCUGUUAAACGCAAGAAAUAA